GUCGAAAGCAUGGGAUUGGACCUGGCUGAAGAAUCGGAAUACAUAGUAUCGUAUGCGCUGGACGACUGAAUAGCUCCUUAUACUCACGAAAUUACGAAUUGUGAAACCGGUCGAUGUCGAUAUUCUGAUCCCCGCGUGACUCGGUCAUCCCCUUGAACCCCCUCCCGUGCACUCGAGAACAAGAGUUCAAGUAUCGAUUGCAGCAUCGUCUAGCUGCCAGAGCCCACAAGCACCCUCGAUAGUUCGACCGCAAGACACUUUCACCAUGGCCUUGAAUCGUGCCGAAGUCCACAACAUGGCCGCAGGGCCUUCGCCGCUGCCAACGAGCGUGCUGCAACAAGCCGCUAAGGGCCUCCUCAACUACAACGGGACCGGUAUGGGAGUCUGCGAGCUCAGUCAUCGAGGCAAAGAGUUCAAGGGGAUCGUAGAGAAGGCCGAGGCCGACCUGAGGGAGCUCCUGCAGAUCCCCGACAGCCAUGCCGUGCUCUUCACUCAAGGAGGCGGUACGACCCAAUUCUCCUCGGUCUUCCUUAACAUGUUGGCCUACCACCGACUGAAAAGCAAGGAUGUCCCUGCCGAGCAAUACAGCCCUCCCACCGUCGACUACAUUGUUACGGGAGCAUGGUCGUCCAAGGCUUCGGCCGAAGCUAAGCGAUUGGCAGUCCCCCCUACACCGAACGCUCAGGCAUUGGCUAACGUGCACAUCGCGGCCACUACCAAGCCGACCAAGUUCAACCGGGUUCCUCGUAAAGAAGAGUACAACUUUACCAACGACGCCGCCUACGUCUACUACUGUGAGAACGAGACGAUCAAUGGGGUGCAAUUCGCUGGUGAUGUGGAUUCCCCCGCGGCCGUUCCCUUCGACCUGAUCCCCAAUGAUGUCCCCAUUGUCGCCGACUACUCUUCCUCGUUCAUCUCUCGACCCAUCCCUCACAUCGAGCGUCACGCCCUGAUCUACGCCGGCGCCCAGAAGAACCUCGGACCCGCCGGAGUCGUGGUCGUGAUCGUUCGAAAGGACCUCCUUGUUGACACGAACGAGGCCGCUCUGCUCGGAGGUGUCCCUGUCUGCCCGAUCGAGCUCGAGUACAAGAUCUUGGCCGACAACGGAUCGCUGUACAACACCCCUCCCGUCUUUUCGAUCUACGUCUCGCAGCUCGUGCUGAGGUACCUCAUCGAGGAAAAGGGCGGCAUGGCCGGGGUCAAGGAGACCAACGAGAAGAAGGCCAAGCUGUUGUACGCCGCGUUGGAAGAGGCCGAACGCAAGGGUCUGGUCAGGCUGACCGUGAGCGACCGGGAGGCGAGGAGCUGGAUGAACGUGACAUGGGUGAUCGACGAGGCGGACGGGGACGAGGAGUCUUCGAGGGAAAAGAGGUUCUUGAAGGGAGCCGAGGCACAGGGUUUCAGGCAGAUUAAGGGACAUCGAUCGGUGGGAGGUAUUCGAGCCUCGAUCUACAACGCCGUUUCGCUCGAAUCCGUACAAGAGCUCGUCAACUACAUCAAGAACUGGGCCGCAGCUGAAAAGUGGAUGUAGAACGAUCUGUGAUUUCCAACCUAUAGACAAAUAAUACUCAUACCGGCUUGAAGUCCGAAAUCAGAGACGAUCCUCUUCUUGCUUCCUGUCUUUUCUCGUCGCUAUUCUGACGACUGGCUACGCUGGGAUAAGGCUAUCGUAUCUAACAGCCCUCAUU